AUGCCUUCGCAAGUUUCGGAUCAUCAGCUAGGCGACGCGCUGCUCCAGUCAGCCGCACACGGAGCGUUUCCCCAGGAUGAACAUGUCGCGUCUGCAACGGUACCUUCCAGCGCACUUCCCAAGCUGCUCGAGGUGGUCGCCAAGGCACGAGAAGACACAGAGAACGAAGUACGCAAACUCUCAACAGAAGCCGCGCCGGACGUCGAUGGCUGGAUAGCACAGGCACGCAAGCUGCAGGACGACAUCAAACGCUCGCAAGAAACGGCCAAGGAUAUCGUAAAACAAGCCGAAGCUGGCAAAGAAAACACCGCUCGCGUCCAGGAUGCCGCAAGCAAGGUCAGCCUGUUGCAUACCGAGAUUGCAUACAAUGAGAGCUUGGCGCAAGCGGUGGAGCAGCUGAGAGAUAUCUCGACUCUGCUGGACUCCGCCCAGAAUGCUGCUGUACAUGGCCAUGUCAUACACGCUAUACAAAUAUUGGAGGACGCAGAUGGCGCCUUUCAAAGACUGGGGCCUUUCACCACCACGAGAGUAGUGGGUGUGUUGAAGAACAAGGAAGAGCAGCUGAAGAAAGCUAUCGUGGAAACCGUGACAGAGUCAUGGAACGGGCUGAUUUCGGUUGACAAUACCAGCCACAGAAUCGCACUGCAUCAGUCCAUCGAACGCGAGGCCAAGGUCGAUAUCAAUACAACCGUCGAAGCGCUUACAAAACUGGGGCUUCUUGAUAGCUUCGUCACCCGCCUAAGCCGUGAUCUUGACAGAGUCAUAAUCUUCCCCCGCCUUGCCAUGGGUACCGACCGCGUCGUGUCCGCAUUUGAAAUCCAAGAGGACGUCAUUCAACGUGCUGGUCCGGUCAACGAUGGUAGGAUAAAAGCUACCUUAGAGGAUAUCCACUUGCUCGUCGAGUUUCUGAGCACGCGCCUACCGCCUAGCAUUGCUGUUCCACUAUCAUCCAAAGUUAUUCCGAUCGUCGCUUCUCGUCUGAUCUCGAACCUGCUUUUGCCUGCCGUGCCAUUAUCCACAGAAGGAAUCCCGCACUUUCAAGAGUCGCUCUCUUAUGUCUUGGGCUUGGUCGAGUAUCUUGAUGAGCUAGGCUGGUCUGGCCAGAAUCGUCUAGCCGAAUGGGUGGAUAAGUCUGCCGAGAUAUGGCUUGCUAAACAGAAAGAGCAUGCGAUUUCCCGAGUGCAGGCCAUGUUCCCAAAGACUGUGCGAGAGAAGAAAACGGUUGAAAGGGUCGAGACGCAAGUCAUCUCAAAAGGCGAUGCAUUGCAUGCCGGAGAUGAACAGGAAGACGACUGGGCUGCUGACUGGGACGAGGAAGGAGAAGUCACAGAAGAGAAAAAACAGACUGUCGAAGAUGAAGAAGAAGAUAUGAGCGCUUGGGGUGAGGAUGAUGAUGUGGUCGAUGAUGAGUUGAAAGAGCAGGAGACCAAGGAAAAGCCAGCUGAUGCAGAGGAUGCAGAUGAUUGGGGUGCAGAUUGGGACGAUGAGACUGACAUCAAACCUGCUGCAUCGCCAAAGCCUGCAAGAACCAUACCAGAGCAACCGAAAACAAACGGAAAACCUGCAUCUCAAAAACAGCCCGCGAAUCAGGAGGUCACACUUCGAGAAACAUACACAGUAACGGCGAUUCCGGAUGCUAUCAUGGAAAUCAUCUUGCAGGUCAUUGCAGAGGUAGACACGCUGAAUUCCCCCGAGAUCGUCAAGUCCGCAAUCGCACCCGCAAGCGGAGGCCUAUACGCCAUUCCUAGCCUCCUCCUUGCAAUGUACCGAGCUACUGCUGUGAUGCAUUACUCUAAAGACGUCGCAAGUAACAUGCUCAUCUACAACGAUUGUCAGCGGCUGUCAGAUCGUUUGCGACUUUUUCUCCAAGACCAGGCUGAGAAAGAUCAAACAUCAGCAUUACCACAGCAUUUGCAACCAUCUAAACGUCUCAAGCCGAUGCUCGAGUCUGACAUCAAGUCAGUUGACGGAUUUGGAAAGCGUGCGUAUGGACGCGAGAUGGAGUCACAGAGACAAAUCAUCAGGGAUCAUCUUGAAGACGCGCAGGGCUUUCAAGGAUGUACUAAUGUUCCCUUUGCUACGGUCUGUGAUGAUGCUAUCGCCACGACUAUCGACCGCAUAGGUGAUGUGAAGCGACAAUGGCAGAAUGUCCUCUCUCACAGCGCCCUACUCCAAUCACUUGGCUCACUGGUAUCAGCUGCCCUUACCAAAUUUGUCACCGACGUCGAGGACAUGUCAGAUAUCGCAGAAGACGAGUCAAGAAAACUGCACGGAUACUGCGUGUCACUUGCUACCCUGUCCCAGCAUUUCCAAACAGAAGAUGGUAAUGGAGAGACGAGAGAUAUGGCCGGUAUUUACACGCCCAAUUGGUUUAAGUUCCAAUACCUGAGCGAGAUAUUGGACAGCAGCCUUGCAGAUAUCAAAUACUUCUGGACAGAUGGUGAGCUGAAGUUGGAGAUGGAGGCUGACGAGGUUGUGGGCCUGAUCGAGGCGCUGUUCGCGCCUAGCGAUCAUCGGAGGAGAGCUAUUGCUGAAAUUAGGAGGACUAGUAUGACUUGA